UUUUUACGUACACCCUGAAUGUUGACAGAGAUUUGAAUGUACAUGAACAAAGACGCUGGCUGUGUAGCGUCACUACUCUAAAUAUUGUGUGUUAGGAUCAGUGUGCGAGGAGUGAUUAGACACAAUCGUACAAAUGUAAAACUUAUCUCUCUCUUUUGGAAGUCUUGCUUUCUGAUUUACCUACCCUGGUGACACAAAAGAAUUUUUUCUACGAUUUAAAUUAAGUGUUAUAUUGAUGUGACAGCUUGUUUGCUUUACAUAAGAAUUUUACAUUUUUAAAGCAUUCCAAACAAAACAGCUCAGUUCCGAGUGCAGAACUGAGUAUCAUGAACAAUGUGAUAAAUGUCCCUAGAACCAUUUCUCUUCCUUUAAGAAAUAUUUUUAAUGCAAUCAUUACACUAGAAAAGACAAAGAGUCAUCUAUAGAUAGAACCAGUGUAUUUUUAAAGGUAAAUAAAUAUUAUAUUUUUCAAAACCUCGAGUCAGUACUGUGUAACAAACAGACAGUUAGGAACUCGGAAUUUGACUCGGCGAAUUUAGUCUGAAUGCAAUUACUGUGUCAUUCAUGUUAAAACUAAUUCCAUAUAACGAGAACUGUUUCAAAAUAAUUUCCUAAAAGUAUCGGUAAUUUGUUUAUUACCUAGCAAUGACAGCAUUGUAUCUCAUUACCAUGAAUGAAGCAUCAAAUGAAAGUUGUUAAAAUUCUCUAGUUACCUCUUCAUUGAGGUAUUUUCCUAAUAUCAUAUUACUGGUCUCCAUAGUGUUACACUUUGCCUAAUGAUAAUACUUGUAUGUUCUAUAUAUGAUGUAUAUAUCUUCUAUAUAUUCAGAAGCAAAAUGUUUUUAAAUCUAUUUUGUUUUUGUGCCUUGAACAUGUUUAUUUUCAUAUUAGUUAGAUGGUUCAUUUUAUACUAGUUUUAAGAGUUCAUUGAAUGAUCUAUCCAUCUUGCUAUUAUUUCCAUAAAGAUUGAUCAUUAUAUUGGGCUGAACAAAAACUAUGUUUGUCCAAGGUGUUCAUAAUGCACUGAUAACAAUAAAGAUAUAAAGUUGAUGAAAAAUCUUUAGGCUGAUCACAUUUAAAUCAUAUAACAAACAUUUUUUUCAGCCUCAUAAGAAAUAGACUAAAAUAUUCUGUUUUUAUACCCCCUGCAAACAAAGUUUACAUGGAACUUGUAUUCAAUUUUACUACAAUACAAAACAUCAAAAAUUUAUCAAAUAUGGAUGCAGAAUUGCAGAAUUGAUAACGAUAUUCUGUCUAAACCUUCCAUAGGUUAAUAUGUUGACAUAUUUAUUUUGAAUAUCUUUAUCAUCAUAUUGAGAAGCAACGAAAGAGAUUGAGAUUGAAAGAUCAAAUACAUAUUGUUGUAUCAUCAGGAAAUGAGAUUGCAAGAUAUCUGUUGUGAAACAGGUUAUUAUCUGCGCUAGAGUUGCAGUGGGGAUAAAUUAAUGUUCAUGUGUAUGUUGGUGUAUGUGCAAAUUACCUUGUGGACAGGAUUUAGACGAAACCAUAGCACUAGGGUGUCAUCAAACAUUGCACAUUUGUUCCCCAUGGUCAGUUAGUCAACCUUAUUAAUUUUCAAGGACAGAGGUCAAGGAUGCUGGAUUGAUGUAUUCAAUAUUUGGGUCAACUGUUGAUUUGUUAAUUCUCUGAUAAAUGAUUAUGACAACCUUAUUAAUUUUCAAGGUCAAGGAUGCUGAAUUGAUGUAUUCCAUAUCUUGGUCACCUGUGGUUUGUUAAUUCUCUGAUAAAUGAUUAUGACAGUACAUUACUGCCGGGGAAUGCUCUGUUUUGUCAGUAAGUGGUAGUCGGUAGAAGUAAGCUCAGAUAUAAAGCUUUAUGUGCAUAUUCAAGGAUUUAUCCAGCUUUUCACCAUACAUUCAGGUACAACAGUAAGAAUUUCUAAGCACACAUAAAGGUGGAAGUGUUCAUUUUUAUGCCCCCGCAAUUGGAAGUUCAGGGGCGUAUAGUUUUUGGUCUGUUGAUCUGUUGUUCCGCAAAAACUUUAACCUUGGUCAUAACUUUUGAAUUGUUAGUGCAAGGACUCUCAUAUUUCUCAUGUGUAUUCCUUGUGACAAGGCCUUUUUUUGUGUACCAAAGGUUUGGAUCUCGUGACCUUUUUUGAAAAACUUUAAACCUUGGCCAUUAUCAACUUUGCUGCCAUACAGAGGUGGGGGUUGGGUCAGUGUUUAAUAAAUAUAUAUUGUUUUCAUGUGCUGACAAAUGGACAACCUUGACAUCAGUGUUUAUGAAAUACCUCCGUCAAUCGACACCAGUAGUUCAUCAUAAAUGAGCUAUUGCAUGAACUUUUAUUUUCUUAUUUAAAAUCAAACUUAUAUUGAGUCUUUCUUUUGGUUGUUUUGUUGACACUUUCAUUAUUCUCUCAAGCUGUAGCCCCUCUCACAAAAAAAUCUUACUAUUUUUAAAGAUGAAAAUUUUAAAAGCGUAUUCUUCUCGUAUAUUUAUGAACGAGCAAAAUACGUAAUUUUACUCAUUGGUGUUGUUGCACUCAUUUGAGUAUAAGGCAGAGAUAAACAGAUAUCAUAUGAUUUUUAUAAAAAGGAUCUUCAUGGGGUGGUUUUGCAGUUGUUCUCAAUAUCCUCUAAAUGUGAAAACAACCUCUGGAACAUCAUCAAUGGUGGCUAUUUGAUACAUGAAAGGGCAGUUCUCAUCUAAGCGAAUGGUAUUUCACAUUUUGUUAUAGUUUUAACAUUGAUUAUGAGUAAAAGUGAAAUCAUGAUUUUAUCAGCAUUGUCACCUUGUACAUUGCAGGAAAACCUCAAGUGGAGUGAUUCAGUCUUUUAUAGAUCUAAAUUGUUUGCAUCCUUCAGUGUGUCAUUGUAAAAUGUUUUAUAGUACUUUUACAAAAAGUGGUUAGUAGUGAGGGGUGCAGUGCUUGCAUAAACAUGACUGAAAUAUUAAAAAUCCUGGUAAUGCCCAAAGAAUUUAGAAUGGUCGGGUCAAGCCACUUGUGGAGAUGCCACUUGACACUAUGAGCAACAUUAAAUGUUAUAAAGUCUUGCUUUUUCUAAAUGUUUAAAACAAGUUGAGCCUUGAAACUUUGACAAAUUAUUUAAAUGAAAAUAGAUGUGGUUGAAGGAUUGGAUAAAAAUGCUUCAACUUUAAGUAUAGUUAUUAUGGAAAAUGUGACUUACUGGAAAUAGAUUAGAAUAAAAUGAUCAGUUGUCAUGGUAAUUGAGGUGACUGUCCAGAUAGAAGUGACAAUAAAAUACAGGGUAGUCGUCUUUGGCUGUGCACUCAGGCUUGGGGAGUUUCUUCCACGAUGAGAAUAUUAACAAGAUGGAAAUCGGAUGGAAAGUCUCCAUUGCAGUAAAGUCGGCUUAUUUGCAAGGCAUGGAGUGGAAGCUGAAUUCAAAAGUACACAAUAAAAUGGGGGUUUCAAUUGAUUUGUGAGCCAUUUUGUAAUAAUUUCACAAAAUCAUUAAAAAUAUUGAUUGUAUUUUGGGGUUUCCUGUGCAGAAAAAGUGGGAUUAUGUGUUAUGACAUUUAUCAGGCUUUGGUUUACAGCAUAGAUUUAAUCAUUCCAUUUUACGUGCAUUCAAAUUUAUUUAAAUGGUGCACAUCAAAAUUCUACAGAUAUUGAAAACUUGGCAGCUUUGUAGACUUCUCUUUCAAAGAAAAAGAAAAAUAUCUAAUUGUAAUGAAUCACACUCAGGUUUUAAUUACGACUACUUAAUUCACAGACAAAAGAGGAAAAUUUUCAUCUUAGUAUGUGAUAUUGAUGGAGUUUUAGUGUGUAAGCCAUUAUGAGGUUUCCUUUUCACCCCAUCAGAUAAUUAACAAUCAGUAUGUAUUUGAUUUAGGUCAAAUUUAUGUAAAUUGAGUCUUUGUAGUGAAGGUACAUAUUAGUGUUCUAGUUCUAUGUGAAUGCUUUCUAAAGAAAUGCACUUCCUUUCUACACUGACAACUCCAAGUCUCCUAGUUAAUUAAUCAAACAAUAUUCUUCUUAUGAUGCGAGUUGAUGUGUUGAAAUCAAAUAAAACAUUGAUUACAAUCAGAUCAACAAAGCCGAAAUGAAAACAGUUUUUCCUAGACAAAUUAAAAUAAUAAUACAUCACUUAGGAGUGAAAUUCGAAGUGCUUAAUCAAUGAUCAUCUUUUAUGAGCUUUAGUAGUUGCUUUUGACUAGACAAUAGUUAUUGGCUCUAGUUGGGGUGAUGUGAGAGAAAUUAGUAUUGUUCACAGCCUGCUGUAUAGACAAUGUACACAGACAGGUAAACUCUGGCCUCUUGGUGUUGAUUACCUGUGUUUACCUGUAUUUACCUUGGACGCUGACGAGGAAAUCUCAGGACUGCUACAAUCAUCAACUCUCUUCUCAGUCUGCAUUGAUGUAGAAAUCAAUUACAAGACUCUAUUUGUCUUCCUUAAUCCUAGUUUUAGCAUAUUGAUAGCUCUAAGGAGAGAUUUGUCUGAUUUAAUUGCUGAUGUACGGAUUGGAACACGGUGGAGUCAGAUAAAACUUUUGACAUGUUUUGAUAUGUGAUUCACGCAGUACUUAACAUGUUAGUGAAAUACAUCAGCACAGCAAGCAGCAGAAAAGGGUCUGUCUGAACCCCUUUGGAAUGAAUUAAAAAAAUACAGGAUCUGAGAAACAGCUCAUUUAAUAGGUGAACUUGGUAUUUUGAAGCUGAUAUUUUUCUGCUGAUAAAAAAAAACCCACCUUAGGUGGAUGGAAAUCAAACUUGCAAUGAUAAACAGUUGCAAGAUAAAUUUUUUAAUUGAACUAUACAUUUCAACCUAACAAAUAAUUUCAGGCAUUGUACAUGAUGACAAAUGUAUUUUAGGACACUGGAAGAUAUUUCAGAUUUCAGGCUUCAAAUUUGCUGUAGUUCAUAGACUUUAACAAAAAUUCACAGUACACCUCCAGAAACACGUCUCCAAGGUAAACCUUAGCAUUAAGCAUGGGACAAUAAGAUAGGUAAAUCAUUGUGUUCAAUUGUGUGGAACCCAGUCCCUGUUGUAAGACUAAUGGUCAUCUGUCCAUUUAGCUGAGAACGACACAAAGGUGCCCCAGGAUUUCUUGUCUUCUGUCUUGUUAGUGACCAGGUAAAAAAAAAAUUACACCUGAAUGUAUGGUUAACUUUAAGACAGUGCAGCAAGUUAACAAAAGAGAUGGCCACUUCACCGAGUUCAAAAGUCACCCACAGAAAACAUUUUCCCAUGCCAGGAGAUCUGUGUACAUAAUGAUACUAAAUCUGAAUUCAGUGUAGAUGAAAUGAAAAUGUACCAAGUUAUGAAAAGAUGACAUACAACAGAACGUCAGAAGAUUGAAAUUUAGGUUCAAUUUUUUUUUAUUAACUUGAAGUAAAAUGGAAAUAAUAUGUUGUUAAAGACUGAGUAAAUAUGAUUAAGGCAUGAUAGAUAUUAAUAGCUUGACAGUUCAAUAAAUAAAUAAUUAUACAACAACUAGUAUGACAUAACAUUUCCCUGCUGGAGCCCCACUACAGCUCCCUAUUAUUAUAUUUUAUGGUUAGUCACACACAAACCAUUGAGAAGGCCCCCUGAAUGGUUGGCUGGCUAACGCAGGGCUCCCAUAGAAAAACAUUUCCCAUCAUACUGCACACAACAGAGAAAAACAUUCUCUACAUCCAUUCUACAACCAUGUGACCAAAAUCUCUUUAAUACCUAUUUGUCAGUCAAGUGGAAAACUCGGAGUGCGUAGCGUUGUAUAGCUGUGUUGUGGUGGGUGAAGUGUACCCCUCUGUCACAGCCUCAGUGUGGAACUGCUCUCUUCUGGGAGGACAACUGUUAGUGGGAGUUAAUAUACCAGACUAGUGAAAUGAUUUAUUUGUUUGAGUGAUUAAUGCCAAUUAAUACUACACCCUAUUAGUGAAGAGGGGAUUAUCAUCUGUGUUAUAUACUGAGUGUUAUAUGCUGAGUUACUUGUAGUUGUACCACAGUGUGACAGAAAAAUCUUCAAAAUAGAGUUUUAGUGGGUGACAUAUUAGUAUACAUUUUAUGAGAUAGGAACAAACUAGAGUGCCAUAAAGUUUGUGUACACAGGAGAGAUUUCUGUUUUGCUGUCCUGUGCUGAUCAAUAGAUCGGGAGGUGACAGAGAUUUGGACACUGUAAUUCCUAAGGAUUACCCAACUGUUUGAUAUGAUUCACGGACCAGAAUUGUUAGUCUAGUUGAAUUCUCCAUACCAUGUAGAUCAUCGCCUAACAUUCUAUUGUCACCUUCAAAAUUCUUGUGAAAAAAAAAAUCAUGGGAACUUAGUUAAAAGGAGGAAUAAUGUCAGUUCUAAAGAAUUUAUUGCCGUGCUGUUUAGGUGCCUUGCUGGUACUGAUUUGCUGUGGUUUCCAGGGUAUGCACUGCGAGACCAAUGUAGACGAUUGUGUGAACAGUCGGUGUGCUAAUGGGUCGACUUGUGUGGACCAAGUCAACUCGUACAUGUGCAGGUGUCCACCAACCCUAACUGGACAAUUUUGUGAGAAGGAUGUUGAUGAAUGUCGCAUUUACCCCAAUAUAUGUAAAAACGGAGCUACUUGUUUGAACCGCCCAGUUGGGAAUUACACCUGUAUCUGUGUCAACGGCUGGACUGGUCAUGACUGCAGCAGGAACAUUGACGACUGUAAGGACAAUCCGUGUUAUAACGGCGGGACGUGUCACGAUAAAGUCGGAUCAUACUACUGUGAAUGCCCCCACGGAAAGACAGGCCUGCGAUGCCAUCUGGAGGAUGCAUGCACAAGUAGCCCCUGCCAUGAGGGGGCUAGUUGUGAGACCUCCCCUAUUAAUGGAGACCCCAUCUGCUCAUGUAAACGAGGCUGGACUGGCAGUGACUGUUCUGUGGAUGUAAAUGAAUGCCAUGAAAGUUCUGUAUCACCAUGUGAACAUGGAGGAACCUGUGUGAACACACCCGGGGCAUUUAAGUGUGAUUGUGUUGUGGGGUACACGGGCCCGAGAUGUGAAUCCAACAUCAACGAAUGUCUGUCCAAUCCCUGCCACAAUGAGGGAACGUGUUUGGACCUGGCUGGAAUGUUCCGUUGCAUCUGCAUGCCAGGAUAUAAGGGAACCCUGUGUGAACAUAAUAUAGAUGAAUGUGAAAGCAGCCCAUGUAGAAAUGGAGGAAUCUGUGAAGAUCUGAUCAAUAAAUUCAAGUGCAACUGUCCAUCAGGUUUUGAGGGAGCAACGUGUAGCAUCAACAUCGAUGAGUGUGCUGACAAUCCAUGCCAGAAUGGGGCAACCUGUGUAGAUGAUAUUGACAGUUUCACUUGUUCCUGUGCACAUGGAUACCAGGGAGACCUAUGUCAAACUAAUAUCAAUGACUGUGUGGGAGUCACAUGCUACAAUGGGGGCACCUGCCAGGAUCUUCUGGGGCGGUACGAGUGCCAAUGUCUCCAGGGUUUCACUGGGAACCACUGCGAGACGGACAUUGAUGAAUGCGAAUCCCAGCCCUGCAAAUAUGGGGGAACCUGUCACCCCAUUCAGAACGGGAAUGGAUAUGAAUGUCGCUGUCCUAAAGGAACGACAGGUAUGAACUGCGAAGUAAAUUUUGAUGAUUGCAAAGACAACCCCUGUAUCAAUGGAGCAACAUGUGAGGAUGGCUUAAACAACUAUGUGUGCCGCUGCAGGCCAGGAUACUCAGGGGAUCGCUGUGAGAGUAACGUUGAUGACUGCAACCCUAAUCCUUGUCACAAUGGAGGCACUUGUCGUGAUCUAGUUAAUGGUUUCCACUGCGACUGUCCGUAUGGAUACAAUGAUGAUAGAUGUCUGUCCAACGUGGACGAAUGUGCCAGCAAUCCUUGCUUGAAUGGUGGUCAGUGUUAUGAUGGGGUCAGCAAAUAUACCUGUACCUGUCCCACGGGGUACGAGGGUAUCCGGUGUGAGACGAAGACCAAUGAGUGUGCGUCCAAUCCCUGUCAACAUCAAGGGGUGUGUCAUGACCUAGAUGGAAGAUACAGAUGUGACUGUGCUGCGGGAUUUGCAGGUGUGAAUUGCGAGACCAAUAUUGACAACUGUGCUACUAAUCCUUGUGUGCAUGGUUCAUGCACUGAUCUUGCUGACAACUACAAAUGUCACUGUGAGAUGCAGUGGACAGGCAAGAACUGUGACACAAAGCUGGACCCCUGUGCUUCCAACCCCUGUUUUCAUCUUGCUACAUGCUCUGUCUCUGCAGACUUUACCGAUUUCUCUUGCUUCUGUCCCCAGGGCCUGACAGGUCGACAUUGUAAGGAUGACUAUGAUGAGUGCCUGAACACGCAGUGUUAUUUUGGGGGUACCUGUGAAAACUCAUAUGGAUCGUUUGAAUGCAAAUGUUCCAAGGGAUACACAGGCCGUUUCUGCGAGUCCAACAUUGAUGAUUGUGUGUCCUCCCCAUGUCAGAAUGGAGGCACCUGUUAUGAUCGAAUUGCCAACUACACUUGCUUGUGUCCACCGGGAUUCAGUGGUUACCACUGCCAGAACGAUAUCAACGAGUGUGCAUCUAGUCCUUGUGAGCAUGGUUCUGUAUGCAAUGACUACGUUAAUUCGUAUACCUGUACCUGUAAUCCUGGGUAUAGUGGCACUAACUGCCAUAUCAAUGAUGACGAUUGCACAGACAGCUCCUGUUUGAAUGGAGGCACCUGUCAUGAUCUGGUUAAUAACUUUCGUUGUGAGUGUGCCCCGGGAUUUCAAGGAAUGAACUGUGAGAUUAGAAUUACCCCCUGUGAUUCUAACCCAUGUUUGGAGGGAGGUACCUGUGUCAAUGACAAGAGCCUGACCUCAUUCCACUGUGUGUGUCCGUAUGGAUUUACUGGACCAAGAUGUGAAGCAUUCCAUGAUUGGUGCACAGAAGGCCCGUGUAUGAAUGGGGGCACCUGCACUCAGUCCGCAAAUACAUACAGAUGCAGCUGUCCCGCAGGAUGGACAGGACAGAUUUGUGACGUUCAGACCAUAACCUGUGAAGUGGCAGCCAAAUCCAAAGGAGUAGCAGUAUCUGAAGUCUGUCAUCAUGGAGGCACCUGUCAUAAUGUUGGCAACACCCACAACUGUUCAUGUCGACCAGGCUAUCAAGGAAGUUACUGUGAAACAGAAAUCGAUGAAUGUCAGUCUGCGCCGUGUAUGAAUGGAGCAACAUGUGUAGACCAGAUUGGAGAAUACAGAUGUAUUUGUCAGUUGGGUUUCCAGGGACUGAACUGUGAGCAGAAUGUGGAUGACUGUGCUCACGGUCCUUGUACUAAUGGUGGGAAAUGCCAUGAUCUAGACAAUAACUUCACAUGUUCCUGCCUGCCUGGAACAAGAGGCCUGCUAUGCGAGCUGGAUGAGAAGGACUGUUUUGUAGGGGCUUGUUUUCAUGGAGGCAUAUGCAUAGAGAAGAUAAAUGGAUAUGAAUGUAACUGUAGACCGGGCUACAUUGGUCCUCGGUGUGAGGGAGAUAUUAACGAGUGUCUGUCUAACCCCUGUGAUUCUGUCGGUACACAUAGUUGUAUACAGAUGGUCAAUGACUACAGAUGUGAAUGUAAUGUGGGAUACAGAGGUCGGAACUGCAGUGAAAAAAUCAACUUCUGCGAAAAUCAUCCAUGUAAAAAUGGAGGGCAAUGUACCAGUGGAGAUACCAAAGCCAUCUGUUCCUGUCCUGAGCCUUACAGUGGCGAGCUGUGUGAGACCGAGAUAACUGCCUGCAGCAGUGGACCGUGUCUGAAUGCUGGAAUCUGUCAGGUGAUGGAAAAGAACCAGUUUCAGUGUAUCUGUCCACCUGGGGUAGGAGGGGACACCUGUAACCUGGAUAUUCUCAAUGAGUGCAACAAGACAUACAACCCGUGUAAAAAUGGGGGCACCUGUCAAGACAGAAUGGGAAAAUACGAAUGCUUGUGCCCUAGAAAUUAUGUGGGCGUUCAUUGCGAGAGAUACGACUCAUCCAACCCGGGAGUUCCCCAGACCACCUCAGUCACAAUCGAUAUUUGUGUGUUGAACGGCUGCAAAGUUAAGGCUCAGAAUGGACUCUGUGAGGAGGAGUGUAACCGGGCUCAAUGUCAAUACGACGGGGGGGACUGUUCACUGGGAGUCCCACAUCUCUACAGGAACUGCUUCAACCCUGAGUACUGCGCCAGCAAAUACAAUAACAGCGAGUGUGACCACCAGUGUAACGUCGAGAGUUGUCUGUACGACGGAGGGGACUGUCAAGUACAUAAGGAUUGCAAUCCAUUUGGCAAUUACUACUGUGACAGUUUAUACAACAAUGGGCUGUGUGAUGAGACCUGUAACGUCAAGGAAUGUAACUGGGAUGGUAGUGAUUGUAAGAAAAAAGCAACUGCUCGAUCUCCUGUUAAGGGUACCAUGAUUGUGUAUGUCAAGGUCUCUCCGGCAGAGUUUCUGAGAAAAAGGGCGUUAUUCCUGCGACAGCUUGGCUUGUUAUUGAAUGUACUAGUUGAAAUCAAGAGGGAUGCUAACAAUAGUUUUAUGGUGUACCCCUGGGAACCAGCAGUACAGGAACGGACCAAAAGAUUUGCAGAUGCUGCAUUAGAGGGACUGCUUCAGAGGUUUAGGAGAGCAUUGGCACCAUCUACUGAAACCAACGGUACCAAGGUCUUCCUAACUCUGGAUGCCAGUAGUUGUAUUGCAGUUAAUGUAGGCCAGGACUGUAUCACAAAUUUGGACACUGCUACCCAGGUGUUUGCAGUGGCAGUGAAAAAUGGAUAUGACACUGGUGUUAAAGUGGAAAGAAUUGAAAUGAAAGAAUGCAGUGAUAAGGAGUGUGGUGAUGUGGUGGAACCAACAGGAACCACCAACAUGACCUACAUUUAUGUAGCGGUGUCUGUGGCUGGUGUUCUUAUCAUGAUCGUUGUGGUAAUCUUUGUGCUGUCCCGCAAAAAAACGGCUCAUGGAGUGACAUGGUUCCCUGAGGGAUUUUUCAUGAGUUCCUCUGGACCAAAGUCAACAGGGCCUCCACGCACCGCUAAGAGAAGGGUACCUGAUGGAGAGGAAAUGAUGAAUGUUAAAGGUCCGGGAUGUGACGACCUGAAUACCCAGAUCUCCUCACCUGCUUGGGAUACGGAUGAUGAAAUGUGUCAACCCAAAGCAAAACAUGCUAAGAUGGAGACUCACAGCAAACAGUUAGAACAGGUGCUUUCUCCCCCAUCAACAGACAUGGACAACAGACAAUGGACCCCCAGGCAUCUGAAUGCUGCCAAUAUUCCUAACGAACAAAUGGCUCUAACUCCUCCCUAUGACAGUGAGCACACCCACGUGAAUGAUGUGGAUGUUAGAGGGCCAGGCGGGUUCACUCCCUUGAUGCUGGCCUCAUUCCGUGGGAAUGGUCUGGAUACAGGAUGUGACAAUGAGUCGAGUGGAUCAGGAUCUGGUGAAAGCAGUAACAGUGGUGACUCUGAUGACAAGUCUGUAGAAGUCAUUCAGGCUCUGCUGGUACAAGGGGCCGAGAUCAAUGCACAGACAGACAGGACAGGUGAGACCUCCCUUCACCUGGCUGCUAGGUAUGCCAGGGCGGAUGCUGCCAAGGUUUUGUUAGAUGCCGGGGCAGACUGUAACGCAGAGGACAUCACCGGGCGGACUCCAUUACACGCCGCCAUUGCCGCUGAUGCCGUGGGCGUCUUCCAAAUUCUUUUGCGCAAUCGAUCUACAAACUUGAAUGCAAAAGCCCAGGAUGGGACGACCCCAAUAAUCUUGGCUGUGAGAAUGGCUGUAGAGGGAAUGGUAGAGGAGUUGAUCAAGUCAGAUGCUGACAUCAACAUGACAGAUGAAUAUGGUAAAACGGCCCUCCACUGGGCUGCAGCAGUGAAUAAUUCGAAGGCAGCUCAUACUCUGCUACAGAAUGGCGCUAACAGGGAUGCCCAAGACGCAAAGGAUGAAACGCCUUUGUUCUUAGCAGCGAGAGAGGGCAGUUUUGAAACAGCCAAAAUAUUAUUAGAUCAUUAUGCCAAUCGUGACAUCACAGAUCACAUGGAUCGAUUGCCAAGAGACAUUGCUCAGGAGAGACAGCACCGUGAUAUUUUGAGACUGCUGGAUGAAUACAGGAUGAGUCCUAGCGGUAUGACCAUGUCAAAUGGCAUGCCAGCAUCACCAGGACACAUCCACAUGAUGCAACAGAAAAACUCCAAACAAAAACGGAGGAAGAAUACAAAUACUCCUAUCUCUCCUAAUGGACUACCUAAUGGUGUGCAUCCCAAAAAGCCGAAAACGAAGAAAAAAUCAACCAAACAGGGGACUUCACCAAGCUGUGAGGGAUCAGCUUCUUCAAUGGAGACUGUGUCACCGGGGAACUCUAUUGAGUCCCCUCUGAGAUAUGAUCAGACUAGUUCUUACGAAAUGUAUGCUCAGGCACAUAGCAUGCCUCAGCAAUCUGUGUAUCAUAUAGAUAAUGUGACAAUGUCUCACAGCAUGACAGAUGACCAGGCCAUACUUCAAUAUGAAUACAAAAACAGCCCGGGCAUGGAACACAUGCAGCCACAGUGGACUCAGCCCCACCACAACCCCCCACCCACCUACUCCACUUCUAUCACCCCACCAUCACAACCCUCCAUGAACAGUCCCAUGGGACACGGUAAAAUGUCUCCAGUUAAACCCACCAAAAACUCACUGCCCACCUCCCCCACCCACAUCCAGGCGAUGCACCAAAGGGCCCGCCAGGAGCAGCGAGUGGUCCAUGGAAGCCCGCACAACCGGCAGAAUGAUCAUUAUGUGUCGUACAGCAGCUCGGAGAAUCAUCUCCCCAUCACCACCAUGCCAAACAUGUACACAAAUGACUCAUACAUGCAUCAAUCACAAGCCAUUGACUACCCACAGAAAAUGUACAUUGAAAAAUACCCCACCCCUCAAUCUCAGAGCAGUAUGGACUCUCCCCAGGUCAGAUCAGGAGUGGCACUCCCUGACCAUUACUUGACCCCAUCUCCCGAUUCUCCUGGACAGUGGUCCAGUUCCUCCCCACACUCCGCUCAUUCUGAUUGGUCAGAGGGUAUAUCGAGCCCUGACCAACCCAUUCGCAGCAAUAAACCUGUGUUUCUCUAGGACAAAGUGUGUGCCAGUAUGUGUAUAAUUUUAUUGUGGAAGUGAUAAACACAAUGAACUUUGCAAGUGACUUGCAUGCAACAUGCAAUUUUAUUGGUGCAAACAAUUUGGAAUUAUAUACGCAUUUACAAUUGGCUGGACAAGUUGUAAAUAUGUUUGGUUAGACUGGUGCACAAUGUAUUUUCAGUUUUAUGUAGUUCUGUUUGUGCACCAAUUAUUUUAUCUUGCAGAAUAUGUUUUGUAUAUGCAAGGGGCCAAAGUUUGAGUUGCAUUUAUAGAAAAUAUAUUGUUAUUUACAUUGUUUGUUUUAUUACUUUAAAAUGGCAGGAUGCUGUUAAAUUUGUGUUAUAAAUUGUUUAAACCUGCAGUUUUUUUUCAAUGUUUACUCCAAAAAAUUUAUGCGGUGUUUAUAAACUUGAAUUUCGAUAUUUUAUUUUGAAUGUAGUGCUGAGGUUGGCACUAUUUUAAGAAAAUUGAGGAGCUGCCAGUUCGUUAUGCAUAUGUUCACAUUUUUUAUAGUAAAAAUAUCCUGUUUGCAUUUGCUACAUUUUAUACUUUGCAUGAUUUAAUGCAAUUUUUGAUUUUGGCUUAUUAUAGAUUUUGUAUGACCCAUUUUUAAUCAUGUUUUAGCCCAAUUGUGUACCAAAAAAAAAUAAUUCUACUUCUGAAGCUUAAAUAGCAUUACUGUGACAACCCUAACCUGACCAAUCAGCUUCCAGUUCUCAUUCCACUCCUCAUUGUGUAGAUUCCUUCAUCCCAUUUGUUACAAAAAAAUGUACAUAGGAUAUUUUUAUAAAUUUUAUAUUUCUCUGUUGAUCAUCUGUGUGUGAAACUCAAACAUUUUUUGUGGAAGCUAAGCUUCUUCAUCUCCAUACACAAAAUUAUUUCAAAAUGUUUUUAAUAAUUACAUACAUCAAGGUGGUUUAAAAUUUCAUGAAGUUGACAUUUGACCAAAAAAUGAUCUCAGCUUUCAAACCUCAUCACAAUUAACUUGCAUAUGGGCAUCAUAUAAUAUUUAACAAAAUUAUUACUUUAUGUCUGAAUAGCUGUUUAUUGCACUGUUAAGUGAUCUGCUUUUGCCUUGAAGUUGUACAUCAAAAUGUUAUUGGGCAAUUUUUUUAGAGCAAAUUGUUAAUAUGGGAGAAGAAUUGAACAAAUAAAUAUCAAAACAUUUUAGACAUUUUUUACCUAAUUGUACAUACUUUUAAAUGAACAAACAAAACUUGCUAAGUUUUGGGCUUUUUGAACAAAUGGAUGCUUACAGCCAAGAAAGAACCUUUUUUGUCCAUAUUUUUAAAGCUAUGAAAAAAUUGUUUUUCUGUUUAUGUUUGCAAGAAAUCCAGGUAGAUUUUGCUGCUGUGUACAAAAUAUCAAUAUGAAAAAUUAUUAAACAUUGUUAAAUGGACAUGCACAAAUGGCUAGACAGCCUGAUUAAUUAACAUUUUAGUUGUUUUAGUACCACUUCUUUUGAUAAAAUCAAGAGGGCAGUUUUCUUUUUUUAUAUAGAGAUUUUGUAGAAUAUAUAGAUUCCCACCUUGUUUCAUUACAUUUUCUAUAGAGACUGCAAACACAACAUACUGCAAGGUUUUAUUGUUUCAUAAGAAUUAUGUACGACAGAUAAUUAGAGUGGCUUUUAUUUAAUGUUAUUUAUUUUUUAUUUAAUAAGUGCUAUUGCCAGAAAUUUGUAAACAUUUCCCAGAUACAAUUUAAUCAAUACAUUAUUUCAUCCUGAAGUUCAUCAGCAUCUGAGUUAUACUUCAAUAGAUAAAAAAAGGGUUUUGUUUACAUAUUUCAUUUUAGGGAGUAUAUUUGUACUUAGUUCAUCUUACAAAUUAAUUGAAGCAUCAAGCAGAUGGCCAGACACAAAUUUCUACAAAUAUGCAUGUUCAUUUAUUAUCAUUUCACUUUGUUUCAUUAUCAUCAAAGAUGCAAAUAAAAUAAUUGUAUGAUA